AUGUCCCAGUGGAGCAGCAGAGGCGCUGGUUCAAGUCCAGCUUCGACCACCUGCGGCUCAUCGCUCAGUCUGAAGACGCUCCGGAGGCCGGCAUCAUGCUCAGCUCCGGCUGGCAGAUCUUCCGGGACGUUCCUGAAGAUAAAACUCCGUACUGGUCCGACCUGGUGCUCGGGUUCAGGAUCAUGACGGAGCGAGAGAUGGUUCGAUUCCCGGAGCAUCGGUUCGGACAGGCGUUCACCACCAUCAAGUGUGAGUGCAGCCGCUACCUGCCCUGGCUGGAGAAGAGGUAACCGCGCAUUAAGACUGAUUCUAAUCAAAGAAAGCUCAUUCAUAGAGCAGUAUUCACACACGAGACAGAGCUCAGGGGGCUUCAUGUGGAGUGGAGAAGAGGUAAGACAUGCAUGAUCAACUCUCAGUCGUUCAUAAUACAUAAUACACGUACAGUGGGGCAAAAAAGUAUUC